AUGCUCAGGCUCUGGGUAGAAUCUUCAGAGGACACGUCUAUUUUUUAUUGGCUGAGAUUCGUUUUCCUCUCACCAUGUCCACAACGAGCCCUGCUAUCUACGGUUGAUCUACUCUUUCUACUUGUUAUGCUCAUCUUUGCAAUUCAAAAGCUCUACUCUAGAUUCAUUUCCCCGAAUCACCCCAGUUCCGAGAUAAACAAGCCUCUCAUCAGAAACAAUGGGGCUGUCCCUGGAAGCACCUUAUGGUUUAAGCUUUCCCUGAUUGUGACUGCGUUAUUAGCUUUAUCCUACACAGUUCUAUGCGUUCUGGUUUUUAUUUCUAGCAGCCAUUUCUCAGAAAUGUUCCUUGAUGGGAUGUUUUGGUUGAUUCAAGCAAUCACCCAUUUGGUGAUUACGGUUUUAAUUGUCCAUGAAAAGAGGUUUCGAGCUGCAACCCAUCCCUGGUCACUUAGAAUUUUCUGGGUUGCAAACUUCAUUCUCAUUUCUCUAUUCGCAGCUUCUGGGAUCAUUCGCCUUGUAUCUGUUGAAGAACCUUAUCCUGAAUUGAAACUGGAUGAUAUAGUAUCCUUCAUUGGUUUUCCACUAUCAAUUGUGCUUCUUGUUGUUGCUAUAAGAGGGUCAACUGGGAUUAUUCUGAGUAGAGAAUCAGAUUCGAUAAUGGAGGAAGAUGAAGUGUAUGACCCCUUGUUGAACAAAUCAUAUGUAACUGCUUUUGCUAAGGCACCUUUAAUCUCCAAAGCUUUCUGGCUUUGGAUGAAUCCCCUACUGAGCAAAGGUUACAAGUCUCCUCUCAAGGCUGAAGACGUCCCCUCCCUCUCACCAGAUCAUAGAGCUGAAAGAAUGUCUCGGAUCUUUGAAAUGAAUUGGCCCAAACCUCAUGAGAAAUCUAAGCACCCGGUUCGACUCACGUUGCUUCGCUGCUUCUGGAAAGAGAUUGCAUUCACUGCAAUCCUUGCAAUUAUACGUACCUGUGUCAUGUACGUAGGACCGGUUCUUAUCCAGGAUUUCGUUGAUUUCACAGCCGGGAAGGGGAGCUCUCCUUACGAAGGAUACUACCUUGUGGGCAUACUUCUCAUUGCUAAAUUUGUGGAAGUUUUGACCUCACACCAAUUUAAUUUCAAUUCCCAAAAGCUUGGGAUGCUUAUUCGGUCCACUUUGAUCACUUCCUUGUACAAGAAGGGUCUGAGGUUGUCUUGUUCUGCUAGACAAGACCAUGGGGUUGGGCAAAUUGUGAAUUACAUGGCUGUGGAUGCACAGCAGCUCUCUGAUAUGAUGCUUCAGCUACAUUCCAUAUGGCUUAUGCCUCUUCAACUCACUGUCGCUUUAAUACUUCUCUAUCGAUGCCUUGGUGCCUCAACGGUUACAACUCUAGUUGGGAUUAUAGCGGUUCUACUAUUUGUUCUGAUGGGCACUAAACGGAACAACAAGUUUCAAUACAAUGUGAUGAAGAAUCGGGAUUCUAGAAUGAAGGCAACCAAUGAGAUGCUUAAUUAUAUGAGGGUUAUCAAAUUUCAAGCAUGGGAAGAUCACUUCAAUAAACGAAUUUUGUCAUUCCGUGAAUCAGAAUUUGGGUGGCUGUCUAAGUUCAUGUACUCUAUUUCUGGCAAUAUAAUUGUUUUGUGGAGCACUCCAUUGUUGAUUUCCACAAUCACUUUCGGUGCUGCCCUUCUGUUGGGGGUUCCACUUGAUGCUGGCACUGUUUUCACAGCAACAACUCUUUUCAGGAUUCUUCAGGAGCCGCUUAGGACUUUCCCGCAGUCUAUGAUAUCCUUUUCACAAGCAUUGAUUUCACUUGGGAGACUGGACAAGUUUAUGACAAGUAAGGAACUGGUUGAUGAGGCAGUGGCGAGAAAUGAAGGUUGUGAAGGUACAAUUGCAGUGGACGUGAAGGAUGGAGCCUUUAGCUGGGAUGAUGAAGGUGCAGAACAAGUUGUGAAAAAUAUAAAUGUAGAGAUCGAAAAGGGACAGCUCGUUGCCAUAGUUGGGACUGUUGGAUCUGGGAAAUCUUCUCUGUUGGCCUCAAUUCUUGGCGAGAUGCACAAAAUAUCAGGGCAGGUUAGGGUUUGUGGUACCACUGCCUAUGUUGCUCAAACAUCAUGGAUUCAGAAUGGAACCAUACAAGAAAACGUUCUGUUUGGUUUACCAAUGAAUAGAGAGAGAUACAGGGAAGUUAUUAGUGGUGGACAGAAGCAGCGGAUACAACUUGCAAGAGCUGUUUAUCAGGAUUGUGAUAUCUAUUUUCUUGACGACGUAUUUAGUGCAGUGGAUGCUCACACUGGCUCAGAGAUCUUCAAGGAAUGUGUAAGGGGAGCCCUCAAGAAUAAGACCAUUCUCCUGGUGACUCACCAAGUUGACUUCUUGCAUAACAUUGAUCUUAUCUUAGUCAUGCGAGAUGGGAUGAUAACACAAUCAGGAAAAUACAAUGAUCUUCUGGAAUCUGGCAUGGAUUUCAAAGCACUAGUAGCUGCUCAUGAAACCUCCAUGGAACUAGUAGAAGUUGAAACUCCCAUGCCUGGGGAAAGUUCUCCUAGAACACCUAAAACACCAAAAGUUUCUCGAAUGCCUUCUAACCAUGGGGAAGCAAAUGGAGAAGAUAAAUUCCUGGACCAAUCAAAUUCCAAUGCCGGCACUUCUAAGCUCAUUAAAGAAGAAGAAAGAGAGACUGGAAGAGGUACUUUAAUGUCCUCUGAUUAUUGGUUGGCAUAUGAAACUUCGGAAGAGCAGGCUGUGUCAUUCAAUCCAUCUCUAUUCAUCAGCGUAUAUGGGAUUAUUGCAGCAAUUUCUGUGGUGUUCAUAUUAAUAAGAGCCUUCUUUGUUACUGCACUUGGGCUUAAGACUGCUCAGAUUUUCUUCAGUCAAAUUCUUUACAGCAUAUUGCAUGCUCCUAUGUCAUUCUUCGACACUACACCUUCAGGAAGAAUCCUGAGUCGGCAUGGCAAUUUCCAUGUAUAUCACAGUUCUGAGUAUCCUGAUCAUCACAUGCCAGUAUGCCUGGCCAACCAUAUUCCUUAUAGCACCACUAGCUUGGCUGAAUUUUGGGUACCGGGAUACUACCUUUCCACAUCUCGUGAACUCACUCGACUGGAUUCUAUUACCAAAGCUCCUGUUAUUCACCACUUCUCAGAGAGCAUCAGUGGUGUUAUGACAAUUCGGUGUUUUAGGAAGCAGAAAAUGUUUUGUCAGGAGAAUGUUAAUAGAGUGAAUGCGAAUUUGCGCAUGGAUUUCCACAACAACGGGUCUAAUGAGUGUAUUAUAAACCCAGCGAAUGUUGGAUUAUCUCUGUCCUAUGGCCUGUCCCUCAACAGCAUGCUGUUCUGGUCUAUUUAUAUGAGCUGCUUUGUGGAAAACAGAAUGGUGUCUGUUGAGAGGAUUAAGCAAUUCACAAACAUUCCUUCUGAAGCUGAAUGGGAGAAGAAAGAUUGUCUUCCUUCUCCAAACUGGCCUACCCACGGCAACAUUGAGCUCAAAGAUUUGCAGGUUAGGUAUCGUCCAAAUACUCCUCUUGUGCUCAAAGGUGUCACACUCAACAUCCGAGGUGGAGAGAAGAUUGGUGUUGUUGGUAGAACAGGAAGUGGAAAAUCGACUCUAGUACAGGUUUUCUUUAGGCUGGUGGAGCCUUCAGGAGGGAGAAUAAUAGUUGAUGGCAUUGACGUUUGCAUGCUGGGACUUCAUGAUCUCAGGUCUCGCUUUGGAUCAUUCCUCAAGAGCCAGUCCUUUUUGAAGGAACUGUUAGGAGUAAUAUUGACCCAAUUGGGAUGCAUUCAGAUGAAGAUAUAUGGAAGCCUUGAGCGUUGCCAACUUAAAGAUGUGGUGGCCGCAAAACCUGUUGUUGAUAACGGAGACAAUUGGAGCGUGGGGCAGAGGCAGCUCCUCUGCUUAGGAAGGGUAAUGCUGAAGCACAGCAGGCUUUUGUUUAUGGAUGAGGCAACCGCGUCUGUUGAUUCACAAACUGAUGCUGUAAUCCAAAAAAUCAUCCGAGAAGAUUUUGCAGCCUGCACAAUCAUCAGCAUUGCUCACAGAAUUCCCACAGUCAUGGACUGUGAUAGAGUCUUAGUUAUUGACGCAGGGAGAGCAAAGGAGUUCGACAAGCCAUCCCACUUGCUCGAGAGGUCCUCACUGUUCGGGGCAUUGGUUCAGGAGUAUGCAAACCGGUCCUCUGGACUAUGA